UUGCGUCCCUCCUUCCGAAAAAGGGGGACGGGAGCACGGGAUUGCCCUAAACCGUUUGAGUGAGGUCCGUAGGUGUUGUCAGUGGACCUGUCUGCAGGCUCAGGUGCCCUCUGAAGGUUUAGUUAUAGAAACAUUGUUGCACACCGCCGCUGAACAGAGGAAGCCAGCUCGGGUUUAGGGUCGUGCGCGAGCGGUUCAAAGUGACUGCAUUGCCGCUCGCUCAUUGUGGCGUGACGGGCCUGUUUAGAAACAACAACUCCAGCUUCAUCUCGCGCUUCAUCUCCGUCCGAUGGACCUCCUCGGCUUCGUGUGUGCCGCGCUUCUGUGCGCUGCCGCGGUGCACGGUAAGCCCACGUUGAGGAAAGACAGAGUUAUUCACGACCCAGAACUGGGCAGGCAAGCCCACGAGGACAAUAAGAGCUUCCAAUACGACCAUGAGGCCUUUCUCGGCAAAGAGGAAGCCAGGACAUUUGACCAGCUCACUCCCGAGGAGAGCAAGGACAGGCUCGGCAAUAUAGUGGACAGGAUAGACAAUGACGCGGAUGGCUACAUCACCACAGAUGAACUCAAGGCUUGGAUCAAACGCGUGCAGAAGCGUUACGUCUAUGAGAAUGUGGCAAAGGUGUGGACGGACUAUGAUCUGAACAAAGACAACAAGAUUUCGUGGGAUGAGUACAAGCAAGCCACAUACGGAUACUACCUCUCCAACCCAAACGAGUUUGAUGAAGCAACAGAACAGUUUAGCUUCAAGAAGAUGCUGCCCCGUGAUGAGAGGAGGUUUAUGAGAGCUGAUCUGGACGGGGACCUGGCAGCAGACAGAGAGGAGUUCACAUCCUUCCUUCACCCUGAGGAGUUUGAACACAUGAGGGACACAGUGGUUCUGGAAACCUUGGAGGACAUUGACAAGAACGAAGACGGACACGUGGACGAAGAUGAGUAUAUUGCCGACAUGUUUGCCCAUGAGGACGGGGGUCCGGAGCCGGACUGGAUCAAGACCGAGAGGGAACAGUUCUCUGACUUCCGAGACCUGAACAAAGAUGGUAAAAUGGACCAGGACGAAAUCCGCCACUGGAUUAUGCCACAAGACUACGACCAUGCCAAAGCUGAGGCCAGACAUCUGGUGUAUGAGUCUGACCAAGACAAGGACCAAAUGCUGACCAAGGAGGAAAUCCUUGAAAACUGGAACAUGUUCGUUGGAAGCCAGGCCACCAACUACGGAGAGGACCUCACCAAGAACCACGAUGAGCUCUGAGCUCUCCCUGCAGUUUUGUGUGUGUGUGUGUGUGUGUGUGUGUGUGUGUGUGUGCACAAAGAAGGUCGGUGAACUUCUUUGUUUUUAAAGACCAAGUCUGACUCUCCGAUCCCUGCAACCACCUCUCCAUCCUUUCCUUUUAGCAGCGGGACAGAUGUCAGAGGGAUUGUAAGUCAACACUGUAGAUGCCGAACAGGAGGGAUCAGGGUUGGUCGGACCACUAACACUAAGGGGUCGUCCCGGCUCGGUUUCUGACAUUCAGGAGCAAAUCCGGACACGGUGGACUUCCCUCUUCAUCCACGGUGCCUUCCAGCCGCAUCGCCGGCUUCACUGCCUCAGAGAUCUGUGUAGAUAGUCUUCUAAUGAAACCUGCUUACAGCCGGGCUUUCGGUGAAUUGUAAGUUUUUGAUAGUACUGUUAAUGUGAAACUACAACGCAGAACGUUCAUUCUGUUUUUAUUUAUUUAUCAAAUUUCUUCUGUACUUUGAGCUCGAGAGCAUUUAAGUGACAGUGAUUUUUUUUUUAAUUCGCAAAAUUAUGAUUAUUUGUUUACAUUUUCCUGGCCACAUAAUUUUAAAGAUGGGUUGUUUUUGGAUUAGUUAAGUGCUUUAAGAAAUGUUUAUUAAUUGAUAAUUAAUAGCAUGGUAUUUGCACAUGUUUGGAUUAUGUGGAGUCUGUGAAUUUUGUUUCUUUAUACUUGGUUUGAAAUGUAUUUAUUAGUACAAUUAUGCCAACGGUAUGCUCCCUUUUACAUUUCAUUGACCUCAUGUCAUAUUUGAGCUUUAUCAUUUCACUGUCUCUUUUAGAUGAUGAUGGGGUUUUUUGACUCCAUAUCUCCACCUGCUACGUAACUCCGAGGUCAUCUUUUUGUAUUAGCUGUCCCAAAUGUCUUUCCUCUGCACCUGGCAUUGUUUAUGCAGUAUGAACCUGGUGUUCGGCCACAUCAGAAAGCCAUGUUUUGUUUUUAAAUCCUAUGUUCUGUAUUUCUUAAUGUGUGCUCAGUGUAAAGCUGCCUAGAACUUUGCAACUUGUGAAAAGAUCAUAUUCUGAUCACAUUGAAUUUGUAAUGUCACUUGUCCUUUUCUUUCUCCUUUUUACUUGUUUCUGAUGUGCUUUGUUGUCCCAAACCUCAUUGCCGUCACAGUCCACAACACAAAUGGGCCCAAACACAUUAAUAAAUCUCCAUUUCCACAUUGAACAUGCUCUGGAAUGGUGUCAAUAAAUAUAAACUCUUAUAUAUUUUGUUUUAAGCUGCAGGGCAUAAUCAUGAAUCAUGAAUACAGCUCGGUCGCUGUAUUGCGGGGGACACUUUUCACU